AUGAAGUUUCUUUGCCGGAGCAGAGGUGAUAUUUCUCCUGACAGAAGUGAUCAAUCAAACGAAUGCAUCCAUUCUCUUGAGCAAGAAGAAGCUACAAGUAGUAGUAUGAUUAAUAAGAGAUUGAAAUUAUGCAUCAAUGGCCUUGAAUCUACUCUCAAUUGUCAGAGCAAAUGGAUUAUGGCUAUAUUUUUUGUUGGUUACAUCCUCUGGCGUCGUGACGGUCCUGCUUCAUGGGCUGCUAUUGGAUCACUUGUAAACUUUGGACUGUCUAAGAUCUUGAAGAAGAUGUUGAACCAAGAAAGACCCGUUUCUCAUUUCAACAGAUCUGACCCUGGAAUGCCUUCUUCCCAUUCUCAGACCAUUUUCUACACAUCCACAUUGGCCAUUAUCUCAAUGGUUCAAUACCAUGGAUUCAAUGGCUUCAUCAUGCUGCUCUGUCCCCUUAUUUUCUCAUUAGGAUCCUAUUUGUCAUGGCUACGAGUUUUGCAUCAGCUUCACACAAUCAACCAAGUCAAAGUGGGCGCGGUUAUAGGAUUCGCCUUCUCCGUCUUCUGGCAUUGGUCAUGGGAUGUUUUCGUGUUGAAUGCGUUCAUUACUUAUUCAUGGGUUAGAAAUGUUGUUACUUUCGUGGCAGUUGGUUGUUGUUUAGGCUUAUUCUUUAGAUUUUCUCAGAAUUUCUUCAAUAGAAUAGACAAGGCUUAUCACAAAGCCUGA